AACAGUGGUUAAUCCCUCGAAAACCCUAACUUAUCCCCUCUCCGGCCAGAAUCCAGCGACCCACAGCAAAACCCUCUCGAAAUACUCUUGUAAGGCCUACUGCUUCUUCUUCUAGCUCAUGCGUUGGUAUUCUUCAGUGUCUCACCGGCUGGGAUAAAUUAUUCUGAUGAACCAUAGAUUGUAGUUGAGGCAGCUCAAAGGAUUGGACUGCGUUAGACAUCAUUGGUUGUUCCAGCAAACAACCACAACCUGUGUUGUCAAUUUUCCUGUUAGGGCUUCCUUGGAUCCAUCACUAGUUGUGUAUUUUUUCGAAUUUUACUUCCAAUUUUUCGUUUUUUAUUCUGUUACUCACUUUAUGUAAACACUGUUCGUGGAAGAAGACUAUUUCAAUUUCGAAUCCAGUAAUUGAUCAUAGUUGUUCAUGGUGGUGUUAAUUAGAUUGAUGGCCAGUGAUGCAUGCUCUUCAAGCACGAGACGAAGCAGAGGUGGAGACGGCAGAUGACACGAACUCAUAGUUGGAUAUGCAAACUCAUGUUCGUUGCAACAUGGGGAUGUGAAAGAUGGUUUGACCCCAAAAUGCUUCUACGAAAAAUAUGUCAUCUUUUACAUGUCGAAGACAAACACGAACCCGAAUAGGCUAUUUUUUGGAUGCCCAUUAUUAAAGGUAAGCUCGCAAUUCUUUAUGUAUGCGUACUAAGUUUAUGCUAAAAUUGGUUUAAAUUGUGAUUUAUUGGAUUUGUGGUCUAAACUCUGGAUUUUGUUGAGUUUUUGUUGAUGUGCUUUUGAAUUGUUGGGAAUGGCCUGAGAAUUGGAUAUGAAAAUGAUCUGAUUUCGUAACCUGUUUGAUGUUGAAUUGGGUUGAUUUUAUAAAUGAUUUAAUAUUGGAGUUGGUUGAUUUUGAAAAAUGAUUGAAAUUUAGAAAUAAGUUGAUUUAUUGGAAAUAAAUCGAAUUACAGAAAUGCAUUGAUUUUGAAAUGAUUUAGCAUCGAACCUGGUCUGAUAUCAAAACUAGUUUAAAAAUUAGAAAGGAUUUUUGAGAUUUUGAGUUUAGGGAUUAAUUAUAGUGAUAUAUGUGGAUUAGAAUGAAUAGGAGUGUUUUCUACCAACACAUUUUCAUUGUGUUCAAAUCGAUUUAGAUAAAACAAACACAUUGCAAAUUCUUUGUGUGGGUUGAUGAGCACAUUGUAAGACUUGGUUGCGUGGCGCCAACAAAGGCAUUGGGUGACACUCAUCUAAAUGAUGUUCUAGAACAUUUGGGGAAAAAAAGAACUGGAGAACAUGAUGGCUGAUCUAGAGAAAAGAAUAGUAAACCUAGAGAACAGAAGAAGGAAUAACUGUUGUGAAGAUGGCUUAAAGCAAUUAUCAAAUAACGCAACCAAUUCGAAUGCGUUUUAUAAUCCUUCUAAAGAAGUAAAGUCUAACAUCUUAGGUUUCCUAACUACCAGUAGUGGACUGAAAAAGAGAUCCACAUCACAAUGUAGGGGAUUUGCUGUUGGAAGUUGUUUGUUUCAGCAGCCAAAUACGAAAAACAUGUUUAAAGACAAUGUUGCUUGGAUGUUAAAACAAGGGAGCCCCGCGAGAAAGAGACAUUGUGCUGCUGAAAAUGUUGUAACGGGGAUAUGGGCAUUGCGAAGCAAAGCUGUUGAUAGUGGUGAAAAAGAGAACGAGACACAUGUGAACACCAACAUGAAGUUGAACUGGUUUAGUAAUGAAUACGAAGUAGCAGAAAUUAGAAACACUGUUGUGGUGGAUGAAGAUUACAAAAGCAAGAUACCAAAUGAUUUUGGCAGUGAAGAUGUGGUCUCAUGUUUUGUGUAUGAUAAGUUUCAAAAAGAAGUCGUGAAUUUGAGGAAGUCUUGUGAAGUUGAAGACAGUAAUUUGCAAGCCAAAGAUGAAGAAAUUAAGAAAUUUGAUGGACUGACAAACGCCAUGGAAGUAGAGUUGAAGAAAAUGAAGAGAGAAGCAGCUGCAAGAGAGAAUGAGGCUUCAUCAACAAAGUUGGAUGAUAAGAAGAAAACCAGAAGCACAAGCACCUCUAAAAGGCAUGACUAUAUAAAGGUUAGGUUGGGUUAUCCUCCAACACAGUUGUGGUUCCUAUAAUGGUUGGCAUGAAACCUGUAGCUAUCAUGUAAGUUCAGUUUUUACUUAUUUCAAGUAGUUAGUUAAAAGCUUGUUUAUAUUUUGUCAUUUUUGGUCAAAAUUUGUUGCAUACUAAGGUAAAGGUCGAAUUUUGUUGCAUACUAAGCUAAUUAUUUCGACCGUGUGUAUUCAUCGUCAUCCCCAUUGAUCUCUUGUUUGGAACAAAGGUGUAGGAUAGGAGAGGAAUUGGUAUUCCCCUAAUUUUCCCCCAGUAUUAGUUUAAUUAAGGAAAUAAGGUGUAUAUGUUGUGCUUGGAUUUAGGCUCUGUAAACUAACCCGUAAAAAAUAUUCAUUUUUAUAGUGCAAGCAUGUGCUAUAUGAUUCUCCUAACCUUUGGAUACAAUUUCACUUUUGAUUUAGGUAAUUUUUUAUCUGUUUAUGGAUAUGUCUGAUAAUUGCAGUUCUUUACCCUUUUAAAUUUCUGAUUGAAUAACAGUUUUUAGUAGAUUAUUUUCGUAAAAUGUUUGUGCCAAAGUUGAGUUUGAUAACAAAUAUGACUAUGUUAAGUUGAUAUAAGUUUCGUAAUCUUUAUAGUAAGGUGGUUAGGAUAGCACUAUUAUAAAUCACUUUUAGUUGAAGAACACUACACGGGACAUAGAAUUAGAUAAAAACAAUUUGGUGUGUAAGCAAAACUUUUUGUUA